AUGGUGCUUGACUACAGCAAGUGGGAUGCACUGGAGCUUUCCGAUGACUCGGAUAUCGAAGUGCACCCCAAUGUCGACAAGCGCUCUUUCAUCCGGGCUAAGCAGGCCCAGAUUCACCAGCAGCGUGAGCAACGCCGCCAUGAUAUCAAGACCUUCAAGUAUGAGCGCAUUAUCAAUGAUGGCCUGCUCUCGCGCAUCGAUAAGCUUUUGGAUGCGUUGAAGCAGCAUGAAGACUCCUCAGCUUCCCCUGAGCAGUUCAUUUUCCAAACUAUCAUGGAGUUCGCCAGCAACCCCGCCGAAGACCAAGCCCCGCCUCCCCCAGAGGGUGUUCACACCCAUGAGAAGGAACAACCAAAAUACUCCCAGAUGAUGAGCGCUCUGGUGGAUCAAGUCAAGAAAGAGUUUGGUGAUUCCAAGCCCGACAACAUGUUCAAGGCGUACAUUACGGGUGUGCAGGGACACAAGGACAAGGUGCAGGGUCUACAGAAGGAAUUGUUGACGAGAUUGGCCGAGCUGGAGAAGGAAGAGAGCAGCAAAAUCACUAGUGACGGCCUCCACGAAGGAUUCAGCACUUCGCAUGUAGCAAAGGCUGAGCACAAGGCCAAAGCUGCUGCACCAGUUAAGCAAUCUGAGGUUGAGCUCCUGAAUCCCGGCGCGGGGAGCUCCUCCGCUGCCCAAGCUGAGGAUGACGACGACGAUGAUCCCGCAAACAUUGAGAUCAGCCCACUGGCCAAAAGGUUCGCGAAACUCAAGCCCAAUGACUACGCCGCCUAUCAGAGAUUCAUCUCCGAGCAUCCUGAAAUUGUUGCUGAGAAGGAGACGGAUGGCUUGCUUGUCGAAGCCUUCAACAGCCAACUCAAGGGUGAGGAUGCGUACGCUCGCCAAUGCGUUCAUCAAGGUCUGCUCUUGCAAUACUGCCGCUCUCUUGGCCCUGACGGCAUCAAGCUCUUCUUCAGCCGGUAUGUAUUACCACCAACUAAGCUCUGGAGCCCAGCUGACGUAGUAUACUGCAGUAUCACAACCAAGGAACACCGCGCUGCAGCUUUGUUCUCCAACGACGUUAACGAUACUUAUAACCGCAUCAAGACCCGUGCAGCGGAGCUCAGCAAAGAAAACUCCGCCUCUAACGACCCUGCCGGCGUUGAGCAGAUCCAGCUGCACGCAGUCGACCCCAACACCAAAAUCACUAUCAACAUCCCCGCGGCUGACAGCGAGGAUCCUACUGAGAUCGAAGCUCGCAAGAUCUUCGAGAGUUUCUCCCCGGACCUCCAGAAAGCAUUGGCAUCCGAGUCCCUGGACGAGGUCAACAAGGUCCUUGGCAAGAUGUCCGUUGAGGACGCGGAAGUGGUCGUUGAGCAGCUGGGCAACGGCGGUAUGCUCAGUUUGGAGGAGGGCAUCAUUGAUGGCACCACGGAAGAGGGCCAAAAGAAGCUUGCGGAAAUUGAGGCAGAGGCCAAGCAGGACGUUGGUGAGCCUGGCGGUGAUGUGACCGAGUUGGACUAA